AUGGCCUCUCCAUUCAACUUCGGCACUGCUGGUACUGGGAAUAGCUCAUCGAAUACUCCCGCCAGCGGUUCAUCAAAUCCUGGCCAGACCAGCUCGAGUGGCCUCUUCGGUUCGACAGCUGCCACUUCCUCACCUUUCGGUCAACAAUCGACAACUACUACCAAACCGAUGUUCGGAGGCGGAAGUACCGCAACAUCAGGAGGCCUGUUUGGAGCAAACGCUGCCUCGAACCCGGGCUCUGGAGCAUCUACACCCUCGUUGUUUGGUGGUAGCACGGGCAACCCUCCCGCUGGUGGAUUGUUUGGAAAGGCCGCUGCCACUCCAAGUACUACUUCAUCUGCCGCGACUGGCAGCAUUUUCCCUACAGCAGGCGGAUCGACUUCUUUUGGAGCGUUCAACUUCGGUCAGAAAUCCGGAGCCAAUACUCCGAGCCAGACUCCAACAACCGCAGCACCAGGUGGAGGAGGGCUCUUUGGUAACACGAACCAGCCAACUGGGGGACUCUUUGGUGGAUCUCCAGCCAACAAUGCUUCCACUACUGCCCCGGCAGCGUCAACUACUCCAGCUCCAUCUAAGACGUUCAACUUUCUAUCCUCAACGACUCCUGCUGGUCCACCACCCACAACCAACAGCCAAGUUUCUCAGGCGCCUGCGGGGGGCUUAUUUGGCGGGGGUAAUCAACAGACACAACAAGCCGGUGGUUUAUUUGGCGGGGCCGCUGCCGCUUCGAAACCUGCGACUCCAGCUCAGACAUCUGCGGCUCCAAGCUCGUUGUUUCCUACCGCAGGAGGGACCAACUUGACAAAGCCUGCAAACUCACUCCUCUUUGGUGGUUCAAAUCCCCCUACUACAAGUUCUGGCGCUGCCGCAACACAAUCCACACCUAGCUUUGGAGCGACCAAGCCAGGAUUUAGCUUCCAACCACUCAGCAGCACCCCAGCUACAAGCACUCCUGGCACUCAAGCCUCAUCAACCGCGGCUCCAGCAACCACAACCGGUACAUCUGGACUUUUUGGUGGCCCCUCGACAAAGCCAGCUUCUGCUACUUCUUCGUUACCAUCGUUCCAACCACCUGCUGCAGGUGCAGGAUUGUUUGGUGGUGCUCCCAAAACCACGGCAGCUAGUAGCACACCUGCGACUACGACCGCCGCUCCAUCAGGAGGACUGUUUGGCGCUGGUAGUGCCAAAAGUACCGCAGCCAGCGCUGCACCUGCAACCACAGCAGCUGCGCCGUCAGGCGGCUUGUUCGGUAACUUAGGAGGUGCAACUGCAGCAUCUUCCGGUCCGGCCGCUUCAGCUCCGGCUACAACCACUUCAGCUCCAGCAGGAGGUCUUUUUGGAACCCAACCCGCGACCACCCAGCCGGCCUCGGCAAGUGCGAAUGCUUCCACUCCAGCUACCGCCGCAGGAGGAUCUGGAAUUACCUCAGGUCCUGGUGCAACCUCCUGCCAACCUCAGGCAAGCGGCGGGCCUGCCUUGGGAGCAUCCACUACCGGCCCUGCUUCACAACUUUCUCGUCUAAAGAACAAGACGAUGGAUGAGAUCAUAACUCGGUGGGCUUCUGACUUAUCAAAAUACCAAAAGGAUUUCCAAGAUGAAGCCGCCAAGGUUGCUGCUUGGGAUAGAUUACUUGUCGAGAAUGGAGACAAGAUCCAAAAGCUAUACCAAAACACGUACGAGGCAGAACGGGAAACAGCUGAAACCGAGCGACAGCUUGCCAAUGUAGAGAGUCAACAACUUGAGCUUGAGGGAUGGCUUGACAGGUACGAAGCCGAGGUUGAAGAAAUGUUUGCAAGACAAGUGGGCCCAGGCGAUGCUUUACAAGGCCCUGAUCAAGAACGUGAACGAACAUAUAACCUUGCAGAGAAGCUGACCGAUCGACUUGAUGAUAUGGGCAAGAAUCUUACAAGUAUGAUUGAAGCGAUCAACGAAGCGUCAGCAUCCUUGAACAAGAGCAGCAAGACUGAUGAUCCCCUCUCCCAUAUCGUCAGGGUACUGAACGAUCACCUUACGCAAUUGCAGUGGAUUGACCAGAAUGCUACAUUGCUACAGGCUAAGCUAGCUGAAGCCCAGAAGCUGGGGCAGAGCAUUGGCUCCAACGGUCACGGAGGUCUGGACAACGAUGCAGCGGAGUCAUUCUACCGGUCUUACCUCGGGAGAAGAUGA